ACAAUGCAUUAAUGUAACUCCAAAAGGUUAUGUUUGAAUAUUUGUUGCUGCUAACUGCGGCCAUCAUUCAUCAUACUCACUUUAUAUAUUGUGAUACAUUUACAAUCGGUUAUAUUACUGGCGCAAAACGUCGCAACGGUGAUAGUUUUUAUGAAAAACCUGGACGUACAAUAUCCGGUGCCAUUACUUUAGCAACAAACGAAAUAAAUGCACCAAAUGGAACGUUUGGUAGUAUUGGUCAUCGAUUAGAAUUCGUCGUUGCUGAAACUUAUGGCGAAGAAGAGACAAGUAUAUUGCAAGUUGCAAAUUUAUGGAAGAAGAAUGUAUCGGGCUAUAUUGGACCGCAGGAAACAUGCUUUCAUGAAGGACGUAUGGCAGCGGCCUUCAAUCUACCAAUGAUUUCAUAUUUUUGUACUGACCAUUCGACAUCAGACAAGAAUUUAUUUCCAACAUUUGCACGAACACGACCACCGGAUACACAGAUAUCUAAAUCGGUUGCUUCCGUUCUAUCACACUUUAACUGGACCCACGUAAUGUUCCUAUAUUUAAAUUCAACAAGUAAUGAAUUUGGUAAAGUGGCUGCAACAAUAUUAGAAACUUUAAAAUCAACACAAAUCAAUGUUGCAAGUGUACAAACAUGGAGUGAAGAAUAUCACCAUACAUAUUCUGUAAAUCCAUUCUAUGAAAUAUUAAAAUCAACGCAUACAGAUACAAGAAUUUAUGUUAUUUUGGGUCAUUACUACGAACAUUUGGGAUUAAUGGUUGCAAUGCAAGAUAUGAAACUAUUAGACAAUGGUGAUUAUUUUGUGGUUGGAGUAGACAUUGAACAAUAUGAUGCAGAACAUCCAGGAAAAUAUUUUCGUGGAUUACUUAAAGAAGGGAUAGAUCCAUAUGUUGAGAAAUCUUUUCAAUCAUAUAUCAGUGUUAAACCAUCAUCGACUGAUAUGCGACACUAUACAGAAUUUUCGAGAUUAGUAAAUUAUUAUUUGGAAAAACCGCCAUUUAAUUUUUCCCAAUUUAAUUUCUAUGGUCUGAAACUGGAAAUUCAACCAGAAGCUGCAUACCUGUACGAUGCUGUGCAUAUUUAUGCACAUGCAGUUGUCAAUAUACUAAAUGGCGGUGGUAAUCCAUAUAAUGGUACAGCAAUAUUAAAUGCAAUUAAAGGAUGUCGUUACAAAAGUGCAAUGGGUUUCAUGGUAUAUAUGGAUAUGAAUGGUGAUGCUGAAGGGAAUUACACUUUACUAGCACGACUUCCAUUUAAUCAUAGUUCAGAUGUUGUAAAUACAACAUUCGAAAAUUCUACUAACAGAUAUGGACUAUUUCCUGUUGGUAUUUUCAGUUUAAAAUCGAAUGAUACACAGCUUCCGAUUUUACGCAUGAUAAAUGAUAUUCAGUGGAUGAAAGGGCAUCCACCUAUUGCGGUUCUUCCAUGUGGUUUUCGUGGAGAAAAAUGUAUUUCACAUUCGAGUGAAAUUAUUUGGGGUGUAAUCGGUGGACUUCUAUCAGUAUUAUUGAUAACUCUAUUGGUUUUAUAUCGAAAUUGGCGUUACGAACAAGAAUUGGAUAGUCUUUUAUGGAAAAUUGAUUUUAAAGAUAUUGAAGUACAUGACGAAAAUAGUCCAAUCAGUUCAACAAUGCCAACAAAUGGAUCAAGUGAAAAAAAUUCAAUUGAUAACAAUGGUUCUGGACCGACUGUAAAUCCACCGAAUAUAAUUGUAUCAUCACAUAAUGGACCCUCCAAUACACCGUCGGGUACAUCAUCAAGUGGAAAAAUGACAAGGGCUUAUCAUCCUCUUAUUCGAACAAGUCAAGUGUCGUUAAGUUCAAAUCCAGACGCGGAUUUUCGUUAUUCUUCAAUAUUUACAAAAAUUGGUAUUUAUAAAGGACGAAUAUAUGCAAUUAAAAAGGUACAUAAAAAAUCAAUAGAUAUCACACGAGAAAUGAAAAAAGAAUUAAAAAUUAUGCGUGAUUUACGUCAUAAUAAUUUGAAUGCAUUCAUCGGUGCGUGUACAGAUCCACCAAAUAUUUGUAUAAUUACCGAAUAUUGUUCCAGAGGUAGCUUGAAGGAUAUCCUAGAGAAUGAAGAAGUUAAACUGGAUAAUAUGUUCGUAGCUUCAAUUGUCGCUGAUAUUUUACGAGGAAUGAUAUAUUUACAUGAUUCCCCUGUUCGUUUCCAUGGUGCAUUAUGUACAUCAAAUUGUCUGGUUGACUCACGUUGGGUGGUGAAAGUGGCUGACUUUGGUUUGCAUGAAUUUAAAAGGGGCGCUGAUGAAUCACAAAAAUAUGCAAACGAACCAUCACAACCACAUGCCAAAUAUGAAUCUCUAUUAUAUCGUGCGCCGGAACUGUUAAGAUCAUGCCGUACCCAAAGUGUGGGUGGUACAUCUGUAACAGAAACAGGAAAUGGUGCAACAGAAAACUAUCGACAAAUGCAAUCACCAAAGGGUACACAAAAAGGUGAUGUAUAUUCAUUUGCAAUUAUUUUGUACGAGCUACACAGUCGACAUGGACCAUUUGGUGAAACUGGUUUAACACCACCAGAAAUAAUACAACGGGUUAUUUCACCAGUGGAUUCGGAGCCGUAUAGACCAAAUUUAGAAUCAUUAGAAAAUAGUUUUGACUUUGUGAUCGAUUGUUUAAAAGACUGUUGGGCUGAACUACCAGAAAAUCGACCUGAUUUUAAAAGUAUACGCACAAAGCUACGUCCAUUACGAAAAGGAAUGAAAUCAAAUAUUUUUGAUAACAUGAUGGCCAUGAUGGAAAAAUAUGCCAAUAAUUUAGAAGUUUUAGUGGACGAACGAACGGAUCAAUUGCAAGAAGAAAAGAAAAAAACUGAGGCAUUACUUUUGGAAAUGUUACCACGACCAGUUGCAGAACAAUUAAAACGUGGGCAAAAAGUGGAAGCCGAAAGUUAUGAUUGUGUAACAAUCUAUUUUAGUGAUAUUGUUGGUUUUACAUCAAUGUCUGCAGAAAGUACCGCUUUACAAGUUGUUGAUUUUCUAAAUGAUUUAUACACUUGUUUUGAUUCAAUUAUUGAAAAUUAUGAUGUGUAUAAAGUUGAAACAAUUGGAGAUGCAUACAUGGUGGUGAGUGGACUUCCUAUUCGAAAUGAAAAUCAGCAUGCAGCAGAAAUUGCUACAAUGUCUCUCCACUUAUUAUCUGCUGUAACUCAAUUUAAAAUUCGCCAUCGUCCAAAUGAAAAAUUAAUGUUACGUAUUGGAAUUCAUUCAGGACCUGUUUGUGCGGGUGUCGUUGGACUCAAGAUGCCAAGGUAUUGUCUAUUUGGAGAUACUGUCAAUACGACCAGUCGAAUGGAGUCUACAGGACAACCUUUAAAAAUUCAUUGCAGUCAAGAAUGCAAGGAUUUAUUAGAUAAAUUAGGUGGCUAUAUUAUUACUGAACGUGGAUUAGUAGAAAUGAAAGGCAAAGGUGAAAAAAUGACUUACUGGUUACUGGGAGAAGAUGAAAUAAAACGUGCCGAACGAUUAGAGGCGCGCAAUGCACGUAGAACACUAUCUGGAAAGCAAACACGCCAGGCAUCAUCAAUAUCGAAUCGGAAACAUAAUGAGACAAAUGGCAUAAUUCCGCGUAGUUCCAUGAAACAUCGAAGUACUAUAUUCCGUACACCGUUAGCACGAUGUUCAAGCUUGGAAUCACCAAAACGCUUACGAUUUGCCAGUGGUGAUCGAUUAGAAUUAUUUCAUCAUAAACAACAAUUGGAUAUCAUCUCUGAUAGUCCAAUAAAAAAAUCAUCUGGAUCAUUAAUGAUUAAUUCAACAGAUUGUUGUAGUGAAGCGUUACGAACUUCAAGUUCGUCAUGCCCUUGUAUUGAAAAUUUAACAAAUUCAACUGCCACUUUAGAACAAUCACAUUUGUAUCCACUGCCAAAAGAUAAUGAUAGUAAGUUCUGUUUAAGUGUUCCAACCUUAUUUGAUACUCAUGAAGAUGAUAAUCGGCGAAUUCCAAAUAAAAAGUAUAACUGUAGAGAUUAUUCUGUUACUGUGUCUGUUCCGAACACUCCACCUAGACGAAAUGUUUCAGCAUUAGCAUUUAAUUCUCAAUAUUUAGCGAUACCGUUUGUUACAUCCGAAUUUUUAAAUUGUUCAACACCUUUACUUAAUGCGGAAACCGAACGUGAUAAUCCCAUUUAA